UGGUUCAAAAGAGUCGAAUCACUGAGAUGAAUCAAACGCCUCACCACUACUGAGCAUAAGCAGAUAUAAUGGUUUUGGAUAAUCCUCGCAUAUCAUCAGCACUCAGCAACGCGCAUACGUCAUCCCUUUCUUCUCUUGCAGACUCAUGAACUGAGACAGCAGCAGCACCACUGACAGCACCGUCGCAUCCUAUUGAAGUAUUAACCGGAGCGACACAACUACACAGCCUUGACAAUUAGAAAAACGUCCAGCCUAAAACAGAGUGCUUGUCGGAGGUCAAAAUUGGGCUGAUUUGUGGAGGCCUUUGAGUGGCACUGAUUCCUGAGACAUGGGACUAAACAGGCACUGCUAUGUUGAAACGCGUUAGAUAUGACUGAUGUCGAGGUGACAUAUGAAGACUUCAUCGCCUCUGGAAGGUCCGGCAGACGCAAUGCUGUACACGACAUACUGGGAACCUCUGGCGGGCUGGACGCUAGCGGGCUUUCCCAAACUCUGUCUGAGCUCAAUAUCAGCAAAGCAGAGACAGGGAAUGAUGGAGAGAAAAGCCAGAGCUUGGCAGAUUCCGAACCAAAGCAGGAAGAGGGCAAAGGGGAAGAAACAUAACAGACUUCAGUGAGAGAAUCAGGAAAUACCCCCUCUAGUGGCUGUUUUUAUAAGCUUGGAGGGGUUGACACUGAAAAUAGCGCAGCAUCCCUCUCUCUGAAGGAUCCUGAUGGAGGAGACUUUGCUUUGAGGAAGCUACUGUGAAAGGCUGGGCCUUAAGAAUCAUAGCGCUGCUGUUUUACUACAGUGAUCGCUACUUUAGCUGAUGUAGGUAUGAUUUGUACUUAGAAACUCACUCUAGUUGAUAGGUACCUAGAGCGACUGGUGGGAUUUGAGUCAGAAGUAAUCACAUUAUAAUGAUGAAUACACACUUGGUGGUGGAUCUUAUUUUGAACAACACCCACUGAACUUGUGAUUUUGGAUUCACUAAUUAACUGCCAGAAUAGUGCAGCUAAUACGCACUUAGAAUUCAGUCAUUUUAUAGGUGUAGUGUUGUAAUAUCAGAUUUUGAUAUUAAAUUGUGCUUUAUGUCUUUGAUAUCUUCAGUUUAUGUUUUCGCCGGGUACACAUUGGUAUAUACACAUAAUAUAAGUGCUGCACUCUGGUUAAACACUCACUGAAUUCUGAUAAACUGUCUCUGAUGGUCUUGCAUGACAUUGCUCCUGACAGAAUUUGUGUGUAUAACUGUUCACAUCCCAGUUGUGAGCCGAACAUUUGCAGUGUGUUGUGAUGCUAAUUUGUGUGUUUUAUGAUGAAAAUUCUUAUUGUAUUAUGAAAUCUGGCUUGAUUUGAAGUCUGACUGACACUGCCUAUUAACCCCUUUGAAAAUGUAUUCAAUAGAGCUUGCCUUACCAAACCUCUGCCCAUAUUUUGUCUUCCAGUCAUUAGCUCUAUGUCCUCAAUUUUGCAUAUAUUUGAUAUUUUCAUCUGUGGGUACAUAAAAAUUUGAAUAAAUUCAAGAAAUCUUUGGGGAAAA